GUGACGUCACAGGCAGCCUGCUGGAGCUGGUUGUAGAAAACUCUGGAAGUUUCCACAACUAAUAUAAAAUAUCUGGGCGGGAGUCGGGCCGCCAAACCAGUCAGCAACUGCGCUCCGAGGAAGAGUCACUUCUGCCCAGGACGUCGACAUGGGGAAAGACUACUACGACAUUUUGGGGAUUAAGAAAGGCGCGUCAGAGGACGACAUCAAGAAGGCGUAUCGCAAGCAGGCGCUGCGGUAUCACCCCGACAAGAACAAGUCGCCAGGAGCCGAGGAUACAUUCAAGGAAGUCGCCGAAGCCUAUGACGUUUUGAGCGACCCGAAGAAGAAAGACAUAUACGACCGCUACGGCGAAGAAGGUCUGAAAGGUGGAGGUCCCUCAGGAGGUGGUGCAGGAGGCCCCGGCAACUUCAGUUACACCUUCCAAGGAGACCCUCAUGUCAUCUUCUCCGAAUUCUUCGGCGGCCGGAAUCCUUUUGAACAGUUCUUUGGUGGCCGCAAUGGUGGCAACUACGAAGACAUGGAGACUGACGAUCCUUUUGCCAGUUUUGCAAUGGGAGGAAGCAAGAUGGGAGGGUUCCCCCGCUCCUUCAGCUCUGGCAUGGGCGGGAUGGGUGGCCACACCAGCGUUGUCAAGAAGGAACAAGACCCUCCUGUUGUGCACGACCUGAAGGUGUCGCUGGAGGAGAUUCUUUCCGGCUGCACGAAGAAAAUGAAGAUCUCCCGUAAGCGCUUGAACCCUGACGGGCAGUCGCUUCGGCGGGAAGAUAAGAUCCUGGAAGUGCAGAUUAAGAAGGGGUGGAAAGAGGGCACCAAAAUCACCUUUCCCAAAGAGGGGGAUGAGACCCCCAGGAACAUUCCUGCCGAUGUUGUCUUUGUGCUGAAGGACAAGCCUCAUCCUGUGUUCAAGCGCGACAAUUCUGACAUCGUCUACACGGCCAAGAUCUCACUGCGAGAUGCCUUGUGUGGCUGCACAGUCUCCGCCCCCACGCUCGACGGCCGGACCGUGACCGUGUCCGUCACUGACAUCGUGCAGCCGGGAAUGAGGCGCUACAUCAACGGCGAGGGCCUUCCAUAUCCGAAACGACCCGACCGCCGAGGUGACCUUAUCGUGGAGUUUGAGGUCAAGUUUCCAGAGAGGCUAAGCCAGAGCGCCCGGGAGACCAUCGCCAACGCCCUCCCGCGGACUUGAAAUCUGAUGAAACGGACCUCCGGAGCAGUUGUUGCUCUUUCCUGCCAAGCUUCAUUUGAUCCCCCCCAAUCAACAAAAUGGGACCUGAUGUGAUAUAAACACCACCAUAUUGUAAAAAGUUCACCCAAGAUCUGUUCUUCCCAUUUCAAAAGGUGAUAAGUAAGCAGCAGGGUUAGUGGAAUCCUACACAAAGUAUAUUUUUUUAAAGUCUCAGAGACUCUUCUGCAGCUGUACACAGGGCUGAGAUUGAAAGGGGCAGGAGGCGCCGCAGGCACAAAUGUCAUACACUAUAAAUAACUAUUAUGUGAGCUUGUUCUCUGAGAUAUAUAUAUACAUAUAUAUUUUGGUACAUAAUAUAUUGGCUAAAUAUACAAUCCCGUGGUGGAUGCAACAUUUCUGUCAUCAGUCAGUGGGACUUAUACUGUGGCUAUGCUAGCAGCCUCAGGAGCUCGUGUUGUUUUGUAAGCGUGGAACACAUCUGUGCAUUAACUAGUGCUAAAGUCACACAUUCCUUUUCAUGGUGCUAUAAGUCCAUUGUUGAUGCAGAGAAAAGCGUCCUUUUUGAUCUUGAGCUAGACUCACUUUAUACUUGUAAGAUCUGAGAAGUCCUGAAAUGGUCCAUGCUUCUUACCCUGUUUUCAUCCUCAAUGACCCGCUGCUGUUAUUGUAUUACAUGAAGAGAUGUAUCCUUUAUAAAUGUCACACCGAUGCUGUGGUUCGCACUUUCUAGGUCUUUCCAGAUCCCGCUUCAACCUGAGCGUGACAGAAUGGCAAUAUUUUUUGUAAAGAAAACCCCCAAAAAACAUGAGUUAUAUUUGUAUUAAACGUGUGUUCAAAGAGAAACGUUGACAAUCCUGUUUGUCAAAAUGUGUGUGGGUUUGUGAAUAAAUGGUGAAG